AUGGGCCCUUUUGGGGCGUGGUCAAAUAAGCAUCGUUCCCAUCCUGCCAUCAUGCUAGCUGAAGAAGUCCUGUGCAACUAGCUUUGCUAACUCAUGCGAUGACAUACUGGGUUGUUUUAUCUGUGUAUAGUAUACUUUUUUUUAUGGACACUAUGAUCUAAAAUGGAAACACCAACUGGCGUGUGAAGGUCCUUGUUUUCAUUGCCAGGAGGACCCGAUUUGGACAGCGGUCUCGGUUAACUAGCAUGUAAGCUAGCGCGGCUAACCGUAACAUACUCACACUGCCUGUCAUCAGACACCAAGCCAAGUUCAAUAGUCAGCGUUUCAACGUUGGACAUUUCUACCAUCAUCAUGGAGAAGGCUGAUUUCUUGAAAGGACUUCCCGUCUACAAUAAGAGCAACUUUAGCAGGUUUCAUGCAGACUCCGUUUGUAAAGCAUCUAAUCGGAGGCCCUCUGUGUACCUUCCAACACGAGAAUACCCCUCUGAACAGAUUAUUGUAACUGAGAAAACCAACAUCCUCCUGCGUUACCUCCAUCAGCAGUGGGACAAAAAGAAUGCAGCAAAGAAAAGGGAACAGGAACAAGGUGAGAGUGACAGUCCGGCACCCCCAAGGAAGAUCGCCAGGACAGAUAGUCAAGAGAUGAACGAGGACUCAUAAGUGUGUGUGUGUGAAUGUGUGCGUUUGCGUAUACAGAGUAUAGCCAGUAUAAACUAACAAAGGACGAUCCCACCUGAAUACAUACUUCUGGCCAUUCUGCACUAUGGCAGGAUGCCUUUCCUGGCAUGAAUUUAAGAGUCACUAAUUGGGGAAAUUCCCGUCAACAAAGCAGCCAUUUAUGAUGUAAAGAUUGUGUGCGUGGAAAUUAUGUAACCAGAAAAGAUCUGAAAGUCACUGUCAGGGAGGGAACUGUAUAACGGUGUUUCUUUUAUUUAUGUUGGCUAUUCCCUGUGUAGGUUAGUAAGUGUGUAUAUGUUUGUAUGCAUGCGGAGCUGUGAGUGUGUACUGUAUGUGUGAGGCGAAUGAAUAGUUGAAAAAGUGUCAAAGUAGAUUCAAGAUCAGAUGGGGACUUGACAGAUAAAGUCAGACACUACCCUUAAAAACAGCCUCAUAACUGGUACAUGACUUGUGUAGCCUUCUGUCACCUGGAGUCUGUCCUGAUUUGUGCAAAGAACAUUUUUUGUUACUGUUUUAAUUUUAUUAAAACUGUUAUUGUUUAUGUAUGGCAAUGAGCUUCCUGCCAGCCACAGUGCCCACCCUCUGUUUCACUGCCCACUCUGCAACCACAUGGGGGCUUUGCGACAUUUAUCCACACUGUUUGAAUCAACAGAACCAAGACUCCACUGUGAAGAACAGCACAAAGUAGAGGCAACUCUUCCAGAAUCCCCUGUAGAUGUGUGUUUAUGGUGAAUAAUGCAUAUCUUCAUUCUAUUCUGGGACAUGUGCUUGUAGGAUAAAUGUCGUGUUGGUGUUUGAGAAAUAUUUUUACAUCUAGCACCAUCUUCUGGCUAAUCUAAGGUAGUAAGAAUGGGAUUUUCUGUGGGAUUUAGCUGCUCUUUCAUCAAUGCAUGUAUGCAAAAGAAAAAGAAGGAAUAGAUCUUGAAUAUGGAGUUGUAACGUGGGUUUUUCUUAGUUGCACAACAAGGUAACACCGAUAGUAAAGGAACAUAUGUAAAGGAAUGUCUGGGAAAGGGAAAAAAUAAUACAUUAUGAUGUGUGUAAAUAAUUGUCAGUACCAGAAUUUGUUUAGCCAAUUAAGUAUGUUUGUGUCUGCCUUUUUUGUAAAAUAAUACAUGCUCAUGGAUACAAUAGAAAAAUGACCCAUGUGAAAGUAAAGAGCCCCGGUGCCCAAUGGAUGUUACCUUGCCUUGCAUGUUGAUGUUUUCACGGCGGGGUAUUAUGCUUCUGGACCAGUAAUAAAAGGGGUUGAGGUGUUAUCUUGUGUGACUGUGGAAGGUAUUAGCCUAGAGGCCUUACAACCUGUCAACAUGGUUCGGACCCUUUAGCUCCCCCAGCUCAGGGCCCAGGAUACCUGUACUAUUCACCCCGUCUCUGUGACAGCCCUGGAUAGUUUUUGUCUGAAAACUGGCUUAGAUGGGGGAGGGGGGGGGGGGUUAUAUUUUCAGCCAUAGAAUGCACAAUAAGCAUGCACAGCAAAGUGCAGUCGCCGUCCUGCCUUGUUCCAGAGCUUCAGUUUGUAUUGGUGUCAUAUACUGUACAACACUGAAUAAAAAGCUUCCUUUUAAAUAUCACUGCCCAGGAGAGUCACAUCAAAGCCUCUUGUCCUCCCUGUACUUGUUUUCAGUCAAUGCUGCAAUGUGGAUUGACAGUGGGGUCAGUCAUCUUCCUACCUACAGUGUAUAUAAGGUCUGUUUCUGAAGCGUAAACCACAUUAUGCUUCUGCUCAGAUAUUGUCUUCAACAACAUAAGCCUUGCCCCAUCUCAUGUGUGUUAGAUCAGAUAUGUUGUUUUUAGCUUUGCUGAAAUAAAACUGGAUUGAACCUGG